UAACCUUAUGGAGAGAAAGGACUUUGAGACAUGGCUUGAUGACAUUUCUGUUACAUUUCUUUCUCUGACGGACUUGCAGAAAAAUGAAACUCUGGAUCACCUGAUUAGUCUGAGUGGGGCAGUCCAGCUCAGGCAUCUCUCCAAUAACCUGGAGACUCUCCUCAAGCGGGACUUCCUCAAACUCCUUCCCCUGGAGCUCAGUUUUUAUUUGUUAAAAUGGCUCGAUCCUCAGACUUUACUCACAUGCUGCCUCGUCUCUAAACAGUGGAAUAAGGUGAUAAGUGCCUGUACAGAGGUGUGGCAGACUGCCUGUAAAAAUUUGGGCUGGCAGAUAGAUGAUUCUGUUCAGGACGCUUUGCACUGGAAGGUUUAUUUGAAGGCUAUUUUGAGAAUGAAGCAACUGGAGGGCCAUGAAGCCUUUGAGACCAUAUCAUUAAUUGGACACAGUGCCAGAGUGUAUGCACUUUACUACAAAGAUGGACUCCUCUGUACAGAAAUAUAGUCACAAAAUGCUGACUGGACCAAAAAGCUGAGAGGACCUUAAAGAUUAUCUAGACCUGUGCUGUCCAGUGUGG